AAUCAGCUCCAGGCUAGUGGUGGUGUGCGGCGUGGCGCUAGUGUUACCUCCUACCGGACUAUAAACCGCAGACAGCGUCACAGAGCCAAUUUCAGUGAAUGAUUCAACACGUGUUUAUACUUUCAAAUAGUACCUGUUAGUGUCGGAACUUUUAAAUAAUUUCAACUUUCGUUGUUAUUAAAAUAGGUAUAUUCCGAAACUAUGGCACCUACUGACAACUUAGCUCUUAUUAGUGUAUCGGACAAAACUGGAUUAUUAGAUCUAGCAAAAAGCUUAGUAGAAGCUGGUUUCAAGUUGUUGGCAAGUGGAGGAACUGCUUCUUUUAUAAAGAAUGAUGCAAAAUUACCAGUUACUUGCGUUUCCGAAUUCACUGGCGCACCAGAAAUACUUGGGGGUCGAGUGAAAACUUUACAUCCAGCAAUUCAUGGAGGUAUAUUAGCUCGUUUAAUACCUGCUGAUCAAGAAGAUUUACAGAAGAACAAUUAUAGCCUCAUAAAAGUAGUAGUAUGUAAUUUAUAUCCGUUUGAAAAGGUUAUAGCAAAAUCGGAUACUAAUGUUGAAGAUGCUGUUGAAAAUAUUGAUAUUGGUGGUGUAACACUAUUGAGAGCUGCUGCCAAAAAUCAUGAACGUGUCACAGUACUUUGUGAUCCUACAGACUAUUUUGAAAUAUCCAAAGAAAUAUCAUUGAAUAAAGAUACACUUCUAGAAACUCGGAAAAAAUUAGCGUUGAAGGCAUUUACGCAUACAGCAACUUAUGAUGAUUGUAUAUCAGAUUAUUUUCGUAAGAAAUUUGCAGGUGGUGAGAGUCAAAUGAAUUUAAGGUAUGGCAUGAAUCCUCACCAAUGUCCAGCACAACUUUUCACUACAGAUUUAAAAUUACCAUUAAAAGUAAUUAAUGGUUCUCCGGGAUACAUAAAUUUAUGUGAUGCUUUUAAUAGCUGGCAGUUGGUUAAAGAACUUAAAGAGGUAACUGGUCUUCCAGCUGCUACAUCUUUUAAACAUGUCAGUCCAGCUGGAGCUGCUUUAGGCAUACCAUUAACUGAAAUUGAAGCUUCAUUGUGUAUGGUGAGUGAUUUACUUGAAAUUAUGACUCCGCUUGGAUCUGCUUAUGCUCGAGCCAGAGGAGCUGACCGAAUGUCUUCCUAUGGAGAUUUUAUUGCUUUAUCACAUUCUUGUGAUUUAGUUACUGCUAAAAUUAUUUCUAGAGAAGUUUCUGAUGGUGUAAUUGCACCUGGAUAUAGUGAUGAAGCUUUAAAUUUGCUUAAAAAAAAAAAAAAUGGAAAUUACUGUGUAUUGCAAAUUGAUUCAAAUUAUACACCUAAGCCUGUAGAGCGUAAAGUUUUGUUUGGAAUGACCUUAGAACAGAGACGUAAUGAUGGAAAAAUUGAUGAAAAUCUUUUUACCAAUAUUGUAACUAAAAGACAAGAUAUGACAGAAGCAGCUAAACGUGAUUUGAUUCUUGCUACUGUAACAUUGAAGUACACACAAAGUAAUUCAGUGUGUUAUGCUUUCAAUGGUCAAGCUAUAGGAAUUGGAGCUGGACAACAAUCCAGGAUACACUGCACUAGACUAGCUGGUGAUAAAGCUGAUAACUGGUGGUUGAGGCAACAUCCAUAUGUUUUAAAUAUGAAAUUUAAAAAAUCGGUUAAAAGAGCUCAGAUAGCAAAUGCCAUUGAUGAUUACAUUGGUAAAACUAUUGGAAAUGGCCUUUCACGUACUAGAUGGGAAAGUUUGUUUGAUGAAGUUCCUGCUGAGCUUACUUCUGAAGAGAGACAAGCCUGGGCUGCUAAAUUAAAAGGAGUUGUAUUGUCAUCAGAUGCAUUUUUCCCAUUCAGUGAUAACAUUGAAAGAGCCGUUCAGAGUGGAGUUGAAUAUGUAGCUUGCCCAUCUGGUUCAACAAAUGAUCAAGAAGUUAUCAAUUACUGCAAUGAACAAAACAUUGUGUUGACUCAUACAAACUUGCGUUUAUUCCAUCAUUAAUAUAUUAAAAUCGAUUAUCUUAUAUAAUUUACAUUACACAGUUUAUUUUUGUUACAUUCCUCAAUUGUAAUAUGUAAGCUAAGAAAAUUGAAUAUCAUAGAAGCUUAUAUUGUAAACAUUUUCUAAACUAUUUCUAUUUGAAAUAAAUAAUCAACGAUAAAUUAAA